UCCAAAGUAAAAAGAACAAAAUUCUACAAAUCCACCAUAAUAUCCGUGAGGGCAAUAAAAAUCCAAAUAAUAAGAACCGCCCAUCUCCUCAUCUGAUAGCAAGUAGCAACCACAAAAACGGGUGCAAGUUAACCUCACCGGCGCACGUUAGCUCUUCUCACCAUUUUCACUAAAAACAUCAUCUGCACAGCACUUGCCCGGCCAACAAUCACUCUCCUUUCUCCCCCUCUCUCCACCGUCACAAUGGAGUCUCGCGUUUUCACCGGCGCCACCAUCCGCGGCCUGACCCUCCCCCCGAGGCCGGCGGCGAAGCUCUCCGACAGCUGCAGCCUCCCCGCCCUGAGGCUCGCCGGCAGGCUCAGCGGCGGUGGGAACUUGGUGUGGGGCAGGCAGCUCCGUCCAGCGAUUCUUCUCGAGACCUCUCUGGCCGGCGCGGCUUCUCCGGCGACGAAGAGGGAGAUUCUCCGGCCGUGCUCCGCCGCGGCUUCUUCUCCGGCCGAGGGCGGCGAUUCUUCCGGGGCCGCUAAAGUCGGGUUCUUUCAGAAAUACCCGGCUCUUGUCACCGGGUUCUUCUUCUUCAUGUGGUACUUUCUGAACGUGAUAUUCAACAUCCUCAACAAGAAAAUCUACAAUUACUUCCCCUAUCCUUAUUUUGUGUCGGCUAUCCACUUAUUUGUUGGUGUUGUUUACUGCUUAAUAAGCUGGGCUGUGGGCCUCCCAAAGAGGGCUCCAAUUGAUCCGAACCUCUUAAAGCUUCUCAUCCCAGUUGCCGUUUGCCAUGCUCUUGGCCAUGUGACAAGUAAUGUCUCGUUUGCUGCUGUUGCAGUCUCGUUCACCCACACUAUUAAAGCCCUUGAACCUUUCUUCAAUGCUGCGGCUUCACAAUUCAUUCUUGGACAGUCGAUUCCAUUGACAUUAUGGCUGUCUUUGGCCCCAGUUGUUCUUGGUGUGUCAAUGGCAUCACUCACUGAAUUGUCUUUCAAUUGGACCGGAUUUGUUAGUGCCAUGAUUUCCAACAUCUCCUUCACUUAUAGGAGCAUAUACUCGAAAAAAGCCAUGACUGAUAUGGACAGCACUAAUUUGUAUGCCUACAUUUCGAUUAUCGCGCUCAUUGUCUGCAUUCCACCUGCUUUGAUUCUUGAGGGCCCUCAGCUGAUGAAGCAUGGAUUUAACGAUGCAAUUGCUAAAGUGGGACUCACGAAGUUCGUCACUGAUCUUUUCUGGGUGGGAAUGUUUUACCAUCUCUAUAAUCAGUUGGCUACAAACACACUUGAGAGAGUGGCACCGCUGACUCAUGCCGUUGGGAAUGUUUUGAAACGUGUCUUUGUGAUUGGGUUCUCGAUUUUGGUCUUUGGUAACAAGAUUUCAUUACAGACUGGUAUUGGCACGUCCAUUGCAAUUGCUGGAGUUGCAAUGUACUCCUUCAUCAAGGCCAAGAUGGAAGAAGAAAAACGGCAAUUGAAAUCAGCAUGAGCACCAGAUGCUGGAUGAAGGGGAACGAAUCUCAACUCAAGUGGCGAAAUUAUUUUAUUGCGAAGAAUAAAAGAGCAAUAUGAGAGCUCUUUCCCCAUUUGUGUGUGUAAUCACUUCAUCAUAUUUUACUCAGUUUCGAAUUUGAAAUGUUCCCCGAUUUUCAAUUUCUUGGAUGACUUAAAUAACGUAUGGUUCCUCGUGAGGUCAAGACUGUGAUUCAUUAGAACUUGAGGGUAAGUCAUGUGAAUAGUGUAUUUUCACGUGUGAACAAAUUCGUUGAAAUCACUUUUGAUGCGGUUGCUUGAUAUCACAUAACAAAUGCGUUUGCUUGAAAUCACAUAUUGCCUGCAGAAUUCGUGCUUUUGUUCAGUAGAAAUCUUAGCUAUAAUGGUAUUUGUUAUGUCUGAUGUCUUUAAGGUGGUG